AGAAGAAGAGAAGGAGGACAGAGACAGAAGAAGAAAUAGCGGAAAUGAAAACAUCACGUUUCUUUACUUUCUACAAAAUUUCAUCUUUGACUUUUAUCUUGUUCCACUUUGAUGAAAAAACACGGAAGUGAAGGAGACAGUUCUGUCCCCAACAUGGAGCCCUCAAGAGACAGUUCUGUCCCCAACAUGGAGCCAUCAAGAGACAGUUCUGUCCCCAACAUGGAGCCAUCAAGAGACAGUUCUGUCCCCAACAUGGAGCCAUCAAGAGACAGUUCUGUCCCCAACAUGGAGCCCUCAAGAGACAGUUCUGUCCCCAACAUGGAGCCAUCAAGAGACAAUUCUGUCCCCAACAUGGAGCCAUCAAGAGACAGUUCUGUCCCCAACAUGGAGCCAUCAAGAGACAGUUCUGUCCCCAACAUGGAGCCCUCAAGAGACAGUUCUGUCCCCAACAUGGAGCCCUCAAGAGACAAUUCUGUCCCCAACAUGGAGCCAUCAAGAGACAGUUCUGUCCCCAACAUGGAGCCAUCAAGAGACAGUUCUGUCCCCAACAUGGAGCCAUCAAGAGACAGUUCUGUCCCCAACAUGGAGCCCUCAAGAGACAGUUCUGUCCCCAACAUGGAGCCAUCAAGAGACAGUUCUGUCCCCAACAUGGAGCCAUCAAGAGACAGUUCUGUCCCCAACAUGGAGCCAUCAAGAGACAGUUCUGUCCCCAACAUGGAGCCAUCAAGAGACAGUUCUGUCCCCAACAUGGAGCCAUCAAGAGACAGUUCUGUCCCCAACAUGGAGCCCUCAAGAGACAGUUCUGUCCCCAACAUGGAGACAACAAGAGACAUUUCUGUCCCCAACAUGGAGACAACAGAGGACAGUUCUGUCCCCAACAUGGAGACAACAAGAGACAGUUCUGUCCCCAACAUGGAGACAACAGGCGACAGUUCUGUCCCCAACAUGGAUACAACAGAGGACAGUUCUGUCCCCAACAUGGAGACAACAGAGGACAGUUCUGUCCCCAACAUGGAGCCAUCAAGAGACAGUUCUGUCCCCAAUAUGGAGACAACAGAGGACAGUUCUGUCCCCAACUUGGAGACAACAAGAGUUAGUUCUGUCCCCAACAUGGAGACAACAGAGGACAGUUCUGUCCCCAACAUGGAGACAACAAGAGACAGUUCUGUCCCCAACAUGGAGACAACAGAGGACAGUUCUGUCCCCAACAUGGAUACAACAAGAGACAGUUCUGUCCCCAACAUGGAUACAACAAGAGACAGUUCUGUCCUCAACAUGGAUACAACAAGAGACAGUUCUGUCCCCAACAUGGAUACAACAAGAGACAGUUCUGUCCCCAACAUGGAGACAACAGAGGACAGUUCUGUCCCCAACAUGGAGCCAUCAAGAGACAGUUCUGUCCCCAACAUGGAGACAACAGAAGACAGCCUCAAUCAGCAGUGCUGCAGCUGUGACACCUCCUCUUCCAGAUGUUGGUGUGUGGACUGUGGUGAGGCUCUGUGUGACGACUGUGUGUCGGCUCAUCGUAGAGUCACAGUAACCAGAUCACACCGGAUCCUCAACCAGCCGCCAGGAAACGUCUCGACUCUUCCGACCAAGUUCUGCAGACUCCACCCGUCUGAGCCGCUCAAACUCUUCUGCCGCACAUGUUUCCAGUACACCUGUCGAGACUGUCAGCUGAUUGGUCACAUGAACCACAGGUAUCUGUUCGUCAGUGACGCUCUGAACCAUACCAAGAAGCAGCUGGUGACCUGGACUCAGCCAAUCAGAGCGCAGAGAGACACAGCGAGUCGGAGUCUGAAGGACAUGCAGACCAGGCUGCAGCACAUCAAGGAAGGUGAAUCUCAGCUGGAAGCGGAGCUGAAGAAGUCGUUCGACAUCUGUGCUCAGCUCCUAAAGAGGAGGAUGGACAACCUGAUGGAGGAGGUCAAGAGGGAGUUGAAGAGUGAGAGUGACUCGAUUCAGAAGCAGAUGGAGAAACUGAACCAGCUGCAGAAGAAACAGAUUUUGGUGACUGAGAGCGCAGAUAGAGCUCAGAACGUCCAGGACCUGCAGAGCCUGUUCAGAUGCUGCACACAGGUGAAGUGUCAGCUGAAGGAUCUUCAGGAUCAGGACCGGUCUCCUCCUGAGACCAUGCAGCUGCUGCAGGUCAUCGUCGAACGCCAGUCUCUUGAAACGCUUUUAAACUUUGGUAAACUUGAAGUCGAGAAGAUUCCCUUCUCCAUCUCACAAACCUCCAAUCGGAAUCCUCCUCCCACCUCAACCUGUCCUACACCCUCCAGCAUGCCCCCAUAUCCCCAAACCACUACCACCAGUGUCACUGUUCCCCCCAUUUCAGUCAGCGGUUCUUCUGCAUUGUUACAGUUGUCGUCCACUCAGUUGAGUCUUCUUCCCUCCUCCGGCCCAAACCUCAACCAGCCCAUCCCUCCUGUGACAACAAGCUUUGCAGUUACCUACCCCAAGCAUGUCCCACCUCUGUCCUCCUCAACUCUGGAGUCAGGGUCUCCUUCGCAGAGAAACCCAAACCUAAUGAUGCUGUUGAAUCACGUCCUGCCAGUUUCUUCUUUAGUCAGUCUGAAGCCUAUCACAUCCAAUUUUUUCCAGUCGACAGAUCAAUCUUCGUGCGGCACAGUCCUCAAACCAUCUCUGGUUCUGAAACAAACAAGUGUUUCUGAUCAGAACCAGCCUUCCACCGCACUGCUUACCAAACUUCAGAUUGUGCAGCAGGUGCCCUGCUGGCCCCACAGUGUCUCCGCAGUCAUGCCUCAGUUUCCCUUGAUGCUCAGUCAGACUAAGGCCAACACCUUACCUGCAGAGACCUUACCAACAAACACAUUGAUAGGAAAGGAUUUGCCAAAACAACAGAAUCACUUGGGCCUUGAGAGAAACUCUGCAUUGCUUCUGGGCAGAAAGUCGGUCCCAGCAGAGAGCCGUCAGGCCUCACUCAGUCAGUGGAUACGUCCUGUGUCCUCUGCAGGAAACUCUCGAUCUGUUGGACAGGGACACAAAGUGCUGCCAAAGCACCACAAUCUGACAGAUAGAAGCUCUGCACCUCCGGCCCAACUAACUCUCAUGUGUGACACAUACGGUAAAAGGUAUGAGAUACCUUUUUCCUCCUCUGUGAAACACCGGCAGAUUCCGGUGGUGAAGGCAGUGGCAGACUCUGCCUGUGAUCACACAGUGCAACAGAUGUCAACAAGGCAGGAAGAGCCUCCUGAAAACAAACCAACCUCUACCGUGUCGGAAGAAACCGAACCUGCCGAGAGCAAACCAACCUCCACCCUGUGUGAAGAAACUGAAGCUGCAGAAAACAACCCAACAUCCACCGUAUCUGAGGAAACUGAACUCGAGGAGAAGAAAUCGACCUUCAACAGACCAACCUUCAUCGUAUCUGAGGAAACGGAACCUGCAAAGAACAAACCAAACUUUAACAAACCAACAUUCAUUGAUUCUGAAAGAACAGAAUCUACAGGGAAACGGCCUCAAACAACAGACAGAACUGCUGAAGAUCUGAGCUCUGUGAUUGGACUGCAUGACUUCUGUCUGAGCAAAUGUCAGCCCAGAGUGUCACUAUUCAGACUGCCAUUGUCCCUGCUCCGAAUUGCAUAUCCAAUGCUAAGUUCCAGUCUCCCUGCAGAAAACAAACACAUGUCUGCCAAAUGUGAAGAAACUGAACCUGCAGGGAAAUUGUCUCCACCUGAAGCAACAGAUACUGAAGAACUGAGCUUUGAGACUGGACAGCGGGACCUCAGUCAGCCCAGAGUGUCUCUGAGCAGACUACCAUUGUCCCUGCUACCAACUCAACGUUCGCUCCCUGGUGUUGUCGCCAGAGAUGCUGACGAUGAGAUUUACGUGGAAGAGCUGGAUGAGGACUGUCAGUCCCACGUCAGUGACAUCUCGGAUGACUUUGGGGAUUUCACAGAACCUCUUUCGUCUCCGGAGUCUCCUGUGACGCUAGAGAUAGUUUACUGCUCAGCAUGUGGAUCUGAUAACAGUUCAAUAAUCUGCUCAUCCUGUGGUCGAGGAUACCACAGAGACUGUCAUAUUCCCCCUGUUGGACCUGACAUGUGGACAGAGUGGAACUGUUCACUAUGUCAGGACCUGUCGGACCCUUCAGACCCCUACAGCUCUAAGAGACCAAAGAGUCCUCAGGGUCCCUGUCUCAAUCUACUGGACCAGAGGAGGUGUGAAAGUCUGCUGCUGCACCUGAAGGUCGAAGGCUGCAGUCGGCUCUCUAAGGUCGGUUGUGUUUGGUUUCGUCUGAUGUUGAUGUCAGAGCGUCUCACUCUCCAUCGUCCUCCUGCUUAUCAAACACCUGCAGAAUUCGUCCGUGACGUCUGGAGUCUAUUCAGACAGAGGACGUCCUCACAGGACGACCUGAUGAAUCUACGUCAGAGUUUUCGGAACAAAUUAAUGGAAACCUUCAAUUCAGAGCUUCGUCCAACAAACAGGAAGAAGUUGGAUUCAAACCAACGUCAUCCAGAGAGUGGCUCCACCAGUGAGUCGCUGCUGAAGAAGACGAGGAAGAGGCUGAGGGAGUUACUAGACAUGAGGGGACACCCAGGACCCAAGAGGACGAAGACGGACAAGAUGGAUGUUUAACACAGAAGAAGUCGACCUCUAGAAGUGUUACUGAUAUUGAACCUAAAUAAAGGAACAAACUCAGAAAUUGUGGGAACUGAAGUUCAUCUGCGUUAAAACUGUUUCUUCUUCCUGCCAUGGAGCUGCAGACUCUCAGUUUUAAGAGUUCAUUUAUUGAUUAUUGAUUUCAUAUUGAACGUUAUUGAUACUUUUGAUCUUAAGAGAUGGUUUCAUUAUGUUCGUUACUUCAGUCUGAAGGUUUUCAGACUGGCUCUAACAAAGAUUGUAAGUGAACAGAUGCAUCACUUUAUGACCUGUAAUCUGUUAUAAUUAUAAUCUGUUAUGUGUGAAUGUGUUUGUAUAGAAAUGAUCAGCUGACUGUUCAAGCAGUUUUUUCACUGUGAUGCAACAAUCAAUCACCAAUAAUAAAUAUUUCAGUCAGUUGAUCUUCAUGAAUGUUAAAGUAAAAUGUUUUGAAGCUCUGUUCAAAGACCCUUUGAGCCGCUGAUCAUAUCUAAACUGAACAGAUCAAUAACUUCAUUUUCUGAUGAUUCAGGUUUGACCAGUUGAUCCACUGAGAUACAGAUUAGAACAAAUAAACUGAACUGUCAUCA